AUAUCAUUGUUAUAUGACUGUGUUUGCUGGGACAAUACCUGACCAUAACUAAACUAAAAUUUGGUACAAAAAAUUAAACAAUUAAGAUCGAGGAGAAUCGAGCAGAGUAUCGCUUCAGCUUUGUUUUAUUGUUUUAAUAGACUGAAACUGGCUUAGCUAAAGAGCCAUAUAUAAUCAUAAUCAUCAUGAUCAUUAUCAUCGCUUCGUAUUCUUCGCGAUCGCUACUGCUGAUGGCGAGUCUAGGAUAAUCGCGAGCAUCUCUCAUAAAAUAUCGAAUUGUUCCUCGAUCGUGAUUAUAUCUCCAAUAUUGUGCCAAUAUUGAUCAGUAUAUCAUAGGAUCGAAUGCCGUUCAUGUGUGCUCGGGAUCGGCCAAAAUUAGUCGGCUCAUCGCACCUUCGGUCUAUUAUCUUUGUGCCAAGGUGCAGCGAGAGCUCGCGAGGAACUCGCGUAUAUCAUCAGACAUGAUGUCUGCAUUAUCUUUGUUUUUUACUGAAUAUCGUGUAAUUACGGUUGAAUUCGAGCAACGCCGGUUAUUUCGAGACAUUACCGACCGUACGCCACGUUAAUUCUUCAAUUAUCAGAAGAGCUUGGUAUGAGUUGGCCUUCGUGAUAAUUUACUUGCACGAUAUGUUUUACGAUGUGAUUGUAUCUCUGGUCGAUGUUGAAGAGAAAUACACGCGUGAACGCGUCACGAUCGAAUGAAAAGCGGAACAAUCUACGAAUUUUCUGCAAUUUUCGCAAUAUAGAUUAGAAUAGCUGAAACAAUAGAGUAAUGAUCGCUUGAAAUACCUAGUACGAAACAAAGAAGAAACGCAUAUAGAUGGACAUUAGACUUUAUAAUAGCUGGCCUAGAUUGUGAGAAUUAACAUGAAGAUUUAUGUGCGGUUUCAUGUCCCCCUCGCGAAACUUUUAGAUUCAUUUAUUUGAACAGGUUACUAUAACAAUAUGCGAAUAAUUGCGCCCUUUAUUAUUAUAAAAUAUAUAUAAUUUCAAAAUGUUAUUAAAAUAUUAUUAAAAUCGUAAAACAAGUACUAAAGUCAAAUGUAUGGAUUCUUCGACGAAUUUGAUUCUGUCACGAUAUGAAAACGCGUAUUAAAGUAUAACUCGGCACCCUAUUUGAGAGACCCUGUAUGAACUGAUAGAGAUUGGCAAUUUCAGAUCUAGCUGAUGGAAAUUAAGUCAGACUGUACAGAUGGAACUUGUAUUCCAAUGAGGACUUCGAUAGCCCAGCGAAACGAUUAAUCAAUCAGCAGACACGAAUGAGGUUUGAUGCAUCGACACCGCUCGGUGUUGGUGUGCCGGAACGCUCGUUCGUGACCGCAGUACCUCUCUCUCGCUCUCGCGCAGAUACGGAGAAGCAAGUGCACCUCUCGCUACCGUGAACGAUGUCUGGACGCGGCAAAGGAGGCAAAACUAAGGGGAAAGCCAAGACCCGCAGCAGCAGGGCAGGGCUCCAGUUCCCUGUGGGAAGGAUUCAUCGUCUUCUCAGGAAAGGCAAUUACGCGGAACGUGUCGGUGCCGGCGCGCCGGUCUACCUCGCCGCCGUGAUGGAAUAUCUGGCGGCCGAAGUGCUCGAGUUGGCUGGAAAUGCCGCCAGGGACAACAAAAAGACUAGGAUAAUUCCACGCCACUUGCAGUUGGCCAUCAGGAAUGACGAAGAACUUAACAAAUUACUGUCUGGAGUGACCAUUGCUCAAGGUGGAGUCCUGCCUAAUAUUCAAGCGGUGUUGCUGCCGAAGAAAACUGGUACUGGCGGUUCUGGAAAGGGUGACAAAGCGUCACAGGAAUAUUAGAUUAUUAUACAUUUAUAACUUUCACCAUGCUUUAGAAAUAUGACUUUGUUUUUUGAAAUUGGGAAAUAAUAUCCUCGUAAGUCUACGACAGGACACCGAGAUUCGUAGGAUCCGUUAUGGAAGUCGUUCUUCUUUUUGUUUUAUUUUUCUUUAACUGCCUCGUCAUUUUUCAUAUCCAGAUCUGAAAUAUUUUCUUUGCGUCUCUACUGAUUAACUCACCUGCAACCAGAUCUUGAUUGCCCGGAGUUUAUGACGUGGCUACAUUGAUUAUCACAGUAAAUCCUACCUUGGACACUGUUGAAAAUAUAAUAAUCGUUUGAAAGUGCUUUCUCUUAUUUUUUUUUCUUUAAUGAUGACGGUCUUUGGUUAAGGAUGUUACAAUAGUGAACGGGAAUCUAAAAAUGUUACAUUUUAAGAUGCACUGUUAAUCCUGAUGUAUUUAAUUACUCUCUCAAAUUUAAGUAGUAUUACUAUUAUACGUAGUUUCCCUUUCUUUUCCCACACUUUCUUCCAGUUUUUUUUGUUUUUUUUUAAUAUAUGUUUUUCAUCCCUGCUUUCCACCUUCACAUUUGAAAGGUCAUUGGGACUUCUACUACCAAUAAAUACUUGAAAGUGUAUUGUGAGAGCUCUUGAAUGUUUUUGUUGAAUGUAAACGAUAUUUAAUGCGAAAAUAAAAACGUGGCAUUGCGUCCUCAUUUGAGUUUA